CUUUUUAACUUUUCCUAAUUUUUUUUGCAGGGCUAGACUUUUUUUCGCUCUAUUUUGUAUUUUUCGAUCUUGUUUCUACCUCCAAGCAGCCGCGCAUUUUGUUUUUAUUCAUCAAUCCUUUUUAUUGCUUAUUCUUUGUUUCGAUCGCACAUCCACAUAAUCCCCAUUACUACCAACAGCAGCAACGAUAACAAUAACGGAUAACAGGAUAACAGGAUAACAGGAUAACAUGUCGACCAAUCUGGAAACAAAAACGCAGAUGCUGAGCCAGCAGAAAAAGCCGCAGGUAAACAUGGCGACGGCGCGCGAUCGCAUUGCUGGUUUCGCAGCGGGCAUUGCGUCUGGAGCGACAAAGCUCUUUGUCGGGCACCCCUUCGACACAGUCAAGAUCCGAUGCCAGGUGGAGGGCGGCCACGGGCGAUUCAAAGGCCCAAUGGACUGCCUGCUCAGCACAGUGCGCCAAGAGGGCCUACGGGCGCUUUAUAAGGGUGCAAGCAUCCCGCUAGUCGGCUGGGCCGUCAUGGAUGCUGUGCAGCUGGGCAGUUUAUCUAACUACCGGCUGCUGCUUCAAGGAAACAACAAGUCGCACAAGCUAUCGCACUUUGAGCACGGGCUGGCGGGAUUAGGCGCCGGGUGGACAGUUGCGCUGGUCGCAACACCCGUUGAGCUAAUCAAAAUGCGGCUACAAAUGCAGUACGCGUCAGGAACUGCGCGCAAGUAUCGCGGCCCGCUUGAUGUUGCGCGCCACUUGACACGAACCUACGGGCCUCUUGGUAUUUGGCACGGGUUAUCGGCGACCAUGUCACAACGCUCGUUCUUCUUCCUUCUGUGGGGAUCCUACGAUGUGUACUCGGAGUGGAUGCGCUCCUUGCGCGUGUCUCCAAAGUUCCCUUAUCUUGCUAAGACAGGCUCUAUGGGCGCUUUAGAAAAUCGGGCGCCGUCAGAAAAGCUGGUGAACUUUUUGGCCGGUGGCAUGGCGGCAAACACGUUCUGGUGCUUCUGCUACCCGGUGGAUGUUGUUAAAAACCGCUUUAUGACGCAGGGCGAUAUCAGACCCAUUCCGUUCCGCAAAAUGUUUGCACAUGUUUUCCGCACAGAGGGAGUCGCCGGCUUUUUCCGCGGAUUCGUGCCCACGUUCAUUCGCGCCUUCCCGACAAACGCCAGCGCUAUUUUCAUCUGGGAGAGCACUGUGCGGUUAAUCAAGAACGAGGGCCGUCAUUAAUUGGGCCUGGUGGUCUUUUCUUUUUCUUUUUUGGUGCGCCAACUGCUAAUUUUGUCAAGCCAGC